AUGGACAUGGAAGAGUGUUAUCCUCACUUGUUUCUGUUUUGCAGACAGGAUAUGAAGCCCUUUGGAGUGACAGUGUCCUGUAUUCAACCUGGCUUGUUCAAAACACAACUCUCUGAUAGAGUCCGGCUCAUAAAAGAAAAAGUGGCCAUUUGGAAUUCCCUUCCUCCCACCAUCCAACGGCAGUAUGGUGAACAUUACCUCAAGGAAGACGCAAUCAAGAAAGACAAAUUAGCCAACAUGUGCGAAAAUACAGACCUGUCGCUGGUUGUGAGGUGCAUGGAGCAUGCCUUAAUGAGCAAACAUCCAAAGGCUUAUUACAGCGUGGGCACAGAUGCUAAAUUCCUUUGGAUUCCUCUCUCCAAGAUGCCCACCUUUUUCCAGGACUACAUGCUCAUGAAGAACAAAGUUAAACUACUUAACCCAAACUCAGAAUAAGAUUUCCUCCUUUGUCCUUGGCGUUUCCAAGGGAACACCCCAACCUGUUGGCUCAGGACAAGAACUGACUACACAGUGACCAUGGUUGGUUACCCAUUUCGAAGUACCAAUUCACGUACAGGCUUCAAAAGCUGUGCUGGCUUAAAUAAUGAAGAUAAAUACUCCAAUGUUCAGGCAAACACGCAUCCAGGAGUGUGGGUGAUCCCAUUUCUUGCUGACAUUAAGACCGUAAUAGGGUCUGUAUUGUCUGAUAGUUGUUAAGGCUGAACUAGCAUCUGCUGACAAAAUUACAUCUUUAGGCAAUCGAUCAGUCGAAACUUGGAAAACUCUUAUUUUCGCAGGACAGUGAAAUAAUUGUGUCUUUUAAGAGCUCAUUAGAAGAAAAACAAAGCACAAAGGCAGUUAAAAACGCUAUGUGAUUUGCAAAAAUUGGUGAUUUGCAAGAGCGCUACAGAAGCAAAACAAAAUCCUUGUUUACCCUUUGUGUGUGUGAGAGAGAGAGGGGUGGAGGGAGGGAGAGAGGGACUCACAUAGUGUCAGUUUAAGCGGUUUGCAGAGGAUUGAAUUCUCGGAUUAUUGGAAUUUGCCCAGAGGUCAAGAGACUAACUUGUAAGUUCUUGCCUUAGAACCACAAUUGACCCCAGAAUUUAUGUUGUCAAGUGAGACAUUUGUUAAGUGAGUUUUGACCCAUUUUGUGACCUUUCUUGACACGGUUGUUAAGUGAAUCACUGCGGUUGUUGAGUUAGUAACCUGGCUGUUAAGUGAAUGAAUUUGGUUUCCACGUUGGCUUAGCUUGAUGGAAGGUGGCCAAAGGUGAUCCCUGACCCCA